AUGUCGUGGUCAGACGAGACCUUCCGCUACGGCGGCCCCAUGAGCGACGUCGAUGACGACGAGGUUUUUUAUCAUAAUCUUUUCUUGAAAGAAUCAAAAUCCCAAAAUCUUCCUUUUAUUUACCUUGCACUUGACGGUUUUCCCUCUUUAAACGAGGGGGAGAAGACAAAUUUGAACAAGUUCAGAAAAGUGAAGAACAACUGUCGGCAGAAGUGAGUGGCUUUCACGAAAAAAAGCUUUUUCAGUUGCAAAAUGCAUGUUUUUCAGUUGCUGACGCUAUAAAAAGAUACAAAAUUGUCUUCGAAAGAGUAUAUGACAGGAGUUGGAGCAGAAGAUAGUUUAAAAAAAGGGCCAUCUUUCGAAAUCAUUUUCAAUAAAGUGUUUAGAGCAAAUUUUCCUUUCGCACAAAAAUGCAGCUCUCAAAACGGAAGAACGAAAUCAAACUUCAGAAGACGGACCAAUUUGCAGCUCUCAAAAAGCUAUAAGCAGACCAAAAUGCAGCUCUCAAAAAGCUAUAAGCAGACCAAUUUUGCAGCUCUCAAAAAGUUAUAAGCAGACCAAAAUGCAGCUCUCAAAAAGUUAUAAGCAGAUCAAUUUGCAGCUCUCAAAAACUUCAAGCAGACCAAAAUGCAGCUCUUAAAAACUAUAAGUAGACCAAAAUGCAGCUCUCAAAAAGUUAUAAGCAGACCAAAAUUCAGCUCUCAAAAAGUUAUAAGCAGAUCAAUUUGCAGCUCUCAAAAACUGUAUCAAAAACAAAAAAUCAAUGGUCAAUGAGCUAAAUUAUUCACUAUAGAACUAUGAGACUGUAUUUUAUAAUCUUCCGUCUAGGAAAUUUCUUGCUUUUUGUUCAAGAUUAGAAUUGCUCCAGGCUCUUCUGUCAUAUACAUGCCUUAAAUAUUUAAUUAUUCAAUUCAGGCACGCAAGAUGGCAGAGCGCGAGCGCAAGAAGGAAGAAGUCCGCAAGCGUCUCGAGGAAGCCUCGCGCAUGAAGAAGGCCAAGAAGGGUUUCUUGACGCCGGAACGCAAGAAGAAGCUCAGGAAGCUUCUGAUGAUGAAGGCCGCUGAAGACUUGAAGCAGCAGCAGAUGCUCAAGGAGCAGGAGCGUCAGCGGAUCCUCCAGGAGCGCAUUAUCCCACUUCCUGACCUUGAGAACGCUGGUGGGAGUUUUAUAUUAAGUAUGACAAUUUAUAAUGAUGACUUGUUUUUGCCAGCUUGCAUUAAAAUUCAAAAAAUUGCUCAUCGGGAAAUUGUUUAGAUUUUUUUCUGCAGAACCCCCCUCGUGCUGGAGGCGUUUUCUGGAAUUCCUGUAGCUUUAAAAAUAACAAAAGCAGUUCUCAAGCUGUUUAGAUGUUAAAAACCUACUUUUAGAAUUAUAGGAAUCCUUCGAACGGCUCUUGGAAGGCUAAAAUUGAAACAGUUUAUUUAAAAGAAAAACUCUCGAGUUUUCUCAAAGAAAAGUUUCAUGAGGGUCUCGUCGCGGAGAGCGAUUUUUGAGAAAGCGAACAUUUUUGAAGAUUUCACGGUUCUCUUUGACUUCUGAAUCUACUAAUAUCAACAUCUUUCCCAAAAAAAAGUUUUAAAGUCACUCUAAGACUUAGAAACUCUUCAGAUGACCUCGAAGCCGUCUACGAAAGCAUCCGCGAGCGGCUGAUCGACUUGGAAUCGGAGAACUACGACGUCUCCUACACGGUCCGCCAGAAAGAUUUCGAAAUCAACGAGCUCACCAUCGCCGUCAACGAUUUGCGAGGCAAAUUGUGAGUUAUUUGCAAUUGAUUUUCUUGAAAAUAUUCUUCCAAAAUGAUGGGACUGAAAAUUUCCCAAACGUCGUCUAAAAAUUGAAAAAGUCCGAAAAUUGAAAAAAUAUUUCUUCAUCGAGUUUCCAGGCCAAAAAAAUGCAAAACUUCCGAAAAACAGUAAAUAUUCAGUUCUCUGAAACGCAGCUGAAUGUAUUAUUGAACUAUCGACCUACGCCUCUAACCAGAGUAGACUACAAUUCCCUCAUUGGAGUCGCUUUUACGUCAGAACUCCGUUAUGAAUAGAGCACUUGAUAAAUUUGAAAAGAUGGCUGCAAAAUUAGUAUGGAUACUGUAAAAAUAGGAUGGAGGCUGCAAAAAUAAUUAGGGGGGCUGCAAAAUUAAGAUGGAGGCUGCAAAAUUAAGAUGGGGGCUGCAAAAGUUAUGAUGUGCGCUGUAAAAUUAAGAUAGGGGCUGCAAAAUUAGUAUGGAGACUGUAAAAAUAGGAUGGAGAGUGCCAAAUUAGGAUGGGGGCUGCAAAAUUAAGAUGGGGGCUGCAAAAUAGGAUGGGUGCUGCAAAGUUAAGAUGGGGGCUGCAAAAAUAAGCGUCAAAGCGUCUUUUCAGCGUCAAGCCAACGCUGAAGAAGGUCUCGAAAACGGAAGGCAAGUUCGACAAGCUCAAGAAGAAGGAGGCGGCCAAGGUGGACUUCCGCUCCAACCUCAAGGUCGUCGACAAGAACGAGUUCGCCCUGGGAGAAGAAGUUGUCCUUUUUUUCUCUCCAAAUACAAAAUUAUGAAAUUCCAGGAGAAAGAGAAGAACAAGGCCGAGUGGGCCAAGUAG